CAAGAGUAAUACCCCGGAUAUCAUUUGUUUUGCGCGGUAGAAAGAUGGAUGAGUCAAAUGAGUUUUCAUCUCGAAUGCUUUACUCUGCGCAACUACUGGGCUAUCAUCCUCUCUGCCCGAUGCGCGAAUUUGGUUUUGUUGGCUACGUUGAAGAGGCUUUGGAGUCUUUGAGAGAAGCUACCGAGGAGGAGUUUGAUAAGAUGAGUGAUGAAUUUAAAUGUCAACUACGAGAGGGUAUGAAAUCAUUGUCCAGUUAUGUUAUGCAAGUUGUUUACAAGACUUUGGGCAAGUUAGAGUCUGCAGCUCUUCACAACAUGUGUAUUCCUAGCACAGUAGCUCUCUCUGAAGACAAGGUUGAUUCUCGUUGGCUCAGUUGCACAGACGCUGAUCAAAGAAAAGUUGAAAAGAAACUUUGUGAGGUUCCAGAGAGACUCAAAGCAUUGAAGUUUAUGAACGAAAAAUUAAAGCAGGAACUUCAAGAUUUAGAGUCAGCUCAGUCAUUACUAGAAAAAAGGUUACAAACAAAUCUGGCAAUUCAAGAAAUGGUUCGAAAGCAAGGCGUGGUAUCUUUUGUUGAGUCGACUGCCUAUAAUAUGCAGCAAUUGGAGGAACUGGGUGACAAGCUGAAGCUACUGCAAGAUCAGACCGAGUAGAAUCUAUAAAUUUGGUAGCGACAACUGAUUAUCUACAACAAACCCUUUAAUUAAUUUGUUAUUAACACAAAUACCGUGACUAAUAUAUAAAUUAGUAUUAUGUAGCCAGUCUUCUCCCCUCUUUGAAUUAAACACCGCUCAUUCUCUUGCCAAAAAUUAA